GAAAAAAAAAGGAGAAAAAAAAAAAAAGGAGAAAAACCAAAGGAAGCGGUGACUUUCAUUCCCAGCAUGAAGUCCCCCCACGCUAUAUGAACACCUGGAAAAUAUUCCAGAGGCACAAAGUGAAGUGUUUUAACACUUUGCAGCCAGCAGAGCUUGGGGCUCGUGACAGCAGUCAGGGGAUGCCCCCUCUUCCAGGAAAAGCCCGGGACCCACGAGCCUUGCUGGGACAAGGAGUGGCUGGAUGACGAACUGCCCGAUUUCCUGGUGUCUUGUCCGAGAAACGGUCCCGGGGGGAGGCCACACCCUGGGGAACGUGACAGGGAACGCGCCAGGACCGCGCCGGGACCCGUCCGACAGCCCCGACCUGCCCGGCGAGUGCAGCUCUGGCACUGCUGCAGUUCCCCAUUUCUAACCUCGGGCUGAAAGGGCAAACCUCAGAGCCAGGCAGGGCCGGCAGGCACGAGCCCUUCCACCCUCCCCUCCGGAGCCCAGGCAGCUCAGGAGCAGCCAGAACACUUCCAGAAGGAAAAGGGACCUUUUCCACCCAGUGCCUCAGGGAUGAUAAUUAAACAAUGGCUGAAAGGCUCUGAAACCUCCCCAGGUUUGGGUGCAGGGGGUGAGAAUUUGUCACAUGCUGACUUCACCAGGUACAAAGUGUUUUUAGGGUCACGCAUGACGUCCCCUGCUCGUGUCACCUGAGCAGGCAGGACGUGUCCUCUGCCUUCCACUCCUUGCCCCGGGCCAGCCCUAGGUUGGAAUUGCAGCCGCGGCACUGGGAACAACCUCGUGCAAACCUGGGGGGUGUUCCCUGCACCUCACCUUGCUGCUGCCUGGGAAACACCCCCAUUCCCAUUAAAUUCACCCCCUUAUCCACCACAGGGUUGUAAGGAGCAGCAUGAUGUGCCCAGAGACUUCCAGCACCAAAGGAGCCAGGAUAACGAUAGAAGGAUGUUCCUGCUUCUCACAAAGUGCUCCAAAUUUAAGGCACUGCUCUGGGAGGCAGGGAGGAGAUGGGAGAUGGGAAGUCCAGCACUGAACAGGCUCCCCAGGGAAUGGUCACAGCCCCAAGGCUGCCAGAGUUCAAGGAAUAUGUGGACAAUGCUCUCAGGCACAGGGGGGGAUUGUUGGGGCUGUGCAGGGCAAGGAGUUUGGACUUGGAUUAUCCUUGUGGGGCGCUUCCAGCUCAGGAUAUUCCACAGCACUCUGCACUUCUUCCAGCUCCUCUGGAUCUGCCUGCUGCUACCAAGGUUCCUCCAGCUUUCUGGAUAUCCUGAUCCCUCCCUUUCAUUGAAAAGAUGCCCUUUCAUCCCAAAAAGCAGCCUCUUUGCAUCACAAGGGAUCAGCCUGGGUGGGGGAGGUCUGAAGAUGCGCAUUCUGGAUUCUGGAUGUCAGCUUAUCCCACUUUGUUGCAGGUCAGGAAUGCCAGGGCACUUGGGAAAAGUGGAGCAGGUGGAGAUGGUGUGGAAAAAGCAGGAUCAUAGCAGCCUGACCCCGGUUUUGUGGGAAAACCAACCCUGGGAGCAGCGAGGAAGCUCUGCAGGAGUUAUUUGGGAGCCAAAGAGGAUGGAUAAGGAUCCAGCAGCCAGCAUUCCAUCACCAACACUGCUCCUGGCCCCUCUUCCCACAGCCAAGCCCGAGUGGAUGGAGCAGAAUCCACAAGCAGGGACAUGCAGCCCCUGGGAACCAGCGAGCUCAUCUUGCUUCACCCCCUGGGCUGGGCUGCCUUGGGAUUGGGAUUGGGCUUCUCUGGGGCAUUACUGCAUCGACUUGGGUUGCAACACCCCAAGGUUGUCCAUGGGAGCAUCUCCAAGCUUUGGUCCCUCUAAAACAGGGAUAACAGUCAAGAUGCCACCCUCCAAUUUCCUUCCCUCGCCAAACCUCCUCUUACCCCUUUUUUUCCUUCAGCAGCAACUCCUUCCCUAACCUUAAAAACCCUCUGCCUCAUCCAAUUUUCACAUUUCUUCCCCAAAUCAUCCUCAAGUGCCCAAGAAGGAAAACCAAUGGGUAUGUCAUAGAGAGGAGAAAGCCACAGUUGGAUUUAUGUGUGGAGAAACCACACUUCCAGCCAAUCCAAGUGCUGGCUUGAAAGAGAGAAGAGAGAGUUAAUGUGUUUAUUAUACUGUAGGAUACAUAAUUAUUUAGGUCUCCAUCUUAAAAAGUUAUUAAACAUGUGAUAAAUCCUCCAAAUAGCCAGGGGGAUAAAAAGAAACAGGACCACGUAUGAUACCAGCAGCACCUCAUCCCCCUUCCUUAAAGUUCAGGAUCCAACAGGAACUGCAGCCUUAAGGGAUAUUAAAAAAAAAAAAAAACCCACAACAAACUAAAAAACAAAUAAAACAACCCCAUACAACCAAAAAACACUACACAAAACAAAGCAGUGUUUUGGCACGACAGUUUUGGAGGAACCACAAGGGAACAGGAAUAGCUUCCAAUCUUCCAAACAUUCAAAGGAUUAGUAGGGCAGUUAGGAAGAAAAAAAAAAAAAAAAGAGAGAGAGAAAAGAAAAAAAAAUAAAAAAAUUAAAUAAAAGCCUGGCUCCAACCUGAUUGGAAAAUGCAUUUCCGAGCCAAGGCAGCGCCGCUUGGCCGGAGGAUGUGUUUUGUUUUCACGCUGUAGUAGCAGCGCCCGCCGCCCGCCCCGAGCGCUUCUCCUCCCGCCGCCGAUCGCGCCACGCGCGGCGCUCGCGAUCCUCCCGGAGCCAAGCGGGAUCGGCCGGGGCGGAGCCGCCUUCCCAAAUCCCACCGCCGCCCUCAGCAGGGCCGGCCCAGCCGGGCAAACAAACACACGCGGCCAGCCGGGGCAGGAAGAGGCGAGGAGCGCCGGGGACGUGAGGAGAACCACGCGAGGGAGCCGCGCUGCUGCUGCCCCGUCCUGUCCCCGCUGUGCCAUCCUCCCUCCCGCCCCGGCAUCGCGCCCGCGGCGCUCCGCCGCCCCAGGGACUCGGGCUGGGCUCGGUGGCUGAGAGCGAAAUCGGGCUGAGGUUUUCAGAAAGGACUUUCUGCGGCGCUGCCGAGCGGCGGCGGCGAAAGGGGCCAGUCAUAACUGGUCCCCAAACCAGUCACAGGCGCUUUCGGGGGCGGGGGGACACAGUCAUAGCGCGAGCCAGCGCCCGCCACCCGGGGUGACACGGCUGCCCCGGGCACCGGGACAACCCCGGGGCACCGGCACCGCCGGGAAGCCACGCCUGGCUCCGGCCCGCGGGAUGCUCCAGGAUGGAAUUGCUGCGGUUCCGGCUCGGAAGGGCAAAGAAACCAACCCCAAAUUGCAACGUCAGCUCCUGGGUUAGGUAUCCAACCCUCCACUGAAGGAAAUCUUGGAGAGCCGGGAGAAAACAGCAGCGAUUCCAAAACAAGAGCAUCAGGACAUCACCAGCAGAUUCCCAGCUCAAGGUUUUCCUCUUAAAUCCGACUAUUUGGAAUCUCCUUUGAGAGCGACAGGUUUAUACUGUUCCUCUCCUCAUGGGAAUACACACUGGGAUCGAACCGGCACUGGGAAAAGCCAUUUCCAGAGCACCUGCUCCAGCCACAUUCCCAAAAUCCACAUGCAAACAAACACGUGCCUUCAGACCAAAAAUCCAGUGGAAGGAAAGGAAGGAGAAGCACAAAAUACCACGCACAGAGUCACCCAACCCCUCCAGAAAGAGCGAGUUUGUCUUGGGUGACUUACACUCCCAGCUGGGAAUUCCCCAUCCCUGCCAACCUCUUCCCCCAGAACAAACAAAUCAUCUCACCCUUGCUCCUCUCCUUCCCACCCCCAAAAGCAUCAUCCUGGAUAUGCCAGGCUGGCACUGAACCCUUGUUCCCUUCCAUCCCAGAGUAUCCCCUUGCUGCUUUUGUCUCAUUUCCCAAAAGAAACAGCUUUGGAGGCAGCUGGAUGCGUUCCCCAAACUGUCAGAAAGGCAGCACAGCCCAAAGCAUCACUUCCCAAAACCUCCACACCAGCAGCUCUUCCUGACACAACCCAGGGCACUCCCAAGGGCUGCCUCCACCUUUACUUGCCCUCAUCAAAACCUUUGGGGAAGGUUUUGCAAGAUUUAGAGAGGGACUUUUGAGGCAGAGCAUGAGCUUGCCAUGCUGGAGCAGCCUUGGAGCAGUUCCCCACUGCCCAUGGGAGAGGCCGGGAGCAUCCGUCGCUUCUGCUCGCAGGAAACGCCUGUUUAUUUUAAUAAAAAUAAUAAUCAUUAUUAUUAUUAUUGCUUAUGCUUCCGAGAGAAACUCCCCACCUUGCAGCCUCUGCUUGCAACAGAUAAAAUCAGUGGGUAAAAGCACAACAAAAAUAUCUCCUUUGCUUCCUUCCCGAGGGACUGACCCACUUCCAUGUGGAAAACUCCACGGCACACAUCCAGCUGGACACUGCCAAGGCACAGGGAUUGAGGAGGAGGUGUGCAGGGCAAAGGCAUGGAUAUUUCCCAAGGAGAGAUGCAUGGGAAGUCACAGCCUGGGAGCUGCAGGCCUGGAUGGGGAUAAAACAGCUCUGUAGCUCCAUGUUCCCAGCUUAAUCCGUUCAGGAGUAUCCAGGAGUCCCAGUUAAACAGUACUGAGGAUUUUCCAUUUGCUUAUAGUUGUUUAGGAUGAUGCCCCUAGCAACACUCACAGAGCAAAGGCUCCAAUAAAACAGCUGAUGAGAGCACAGGAAUUUGGGGGAAAAAAAAAAGAAAAUAAAUCAGGGAAAACUUCAAUUUCUUCCCAGAUAAAAGAAACCGAAUCCUCGGCUCUCCCUGUGAGGAAUUCCGGGAGCAUCCCUGCCUGGCCGUGCCAGGGCGAGGUUGUGAAACACGAAUUAAGCUGUAAUUACUGCAAUAAUGUCACAAAAUCUAUCCUAAGGGCACGUUACAGCCAGGCCUCCGCAGCCAGAGCCAGGAGGGAGCAAAAACACCACCAACCAAAAAAGAUGGUGUUUGGAUCCCAAAAAAGCCCGGAGCUGGUGUUUGUUAUCCCCGUGCCUCGCUCCCACCGUGCCCUGGUGGAAGUUCAAAGGUUUCCUCCAAUUCAUCAGGGAAUUCAUCAGGAGAGAGGAAUGCUGGACACUCAUACAAGCUCCCGCGGGCAGGUUUUCCCUGCGGGAGAGGCUUCACCUGGCAAAGCCACUGGUAAACACGCCCCCACCCGCCUCCGGGCCGCUUCCCAGCGGGAUUUCGGGAUGCAUGACCCCAGCACCUCCGCCACCGACCGACGAGAGAGCCGGCAGCGCCGCACGAGCCAGGAGCCACUUGCUUGGCAAAACAUCCUGGGACGAGCGAGCCCUGAGCAGAAAACUGGACUCAACAACUCUGUCCCCUCCUCCCCUGGCAGCAACUGACCGAGCCCGGAAAAGAAUAAACAUCAUAGUAAUAAAAACCCCGGCGCUGGACGCGCGGGAGUUCCCCGGCGCUGUGUUUGCCCGCGGCCCCGGCCAGCUUCCACAAAUCCCAGAGCGCAGGGAGAGCCUCCAGCCCGCGGCACGGCGGCUCCCAAAAUCCACAGGGUGGGUGGGAUGCGGGAGGUGCUGCUGCAGGUGCCUCGCGUGGCUGGGAUGGUUUUCCAUCCUUCCAAAGGAUGGAAAAGAGCAGGGCCCCUCACGCACCCCUCAACAACCCGCUGGCACCGUGCGCUCACAGCUUCACACACCCCGCCUUUCCACUGGCACCUGUGCACAAACCCCGGCACUUCACACACGCCACGAGAAUCCCUGUUUUCCGCGGUUCUUAAGGAAAGCCAAGCCAGGCGAGGAGGGGAAGGCGAGGAAAGCCAAGCCAGGUGAAGGGUCGGAGAACCGCUCCUGCACUUCCAGCCUACCCUGACCGGUGCAUUCACCCCCCACACAUCUCCCCGGGCACUUCACUUUCACACCUUCGCACGCCCCCACAGCAACUCGGCUCUGAGGAAAGCCACGCCAGGUGAGCAGGGGGAGCGAGGGCAGCCGAGCCCGGCGGGGAGGGGAGGCGAGCAGCAGCAGCAGGAGGAGGAUGG